AUGACAACUCUUGUUCCUGCAACCUUCUCCUUCCUUCUCCUCUGGACCCUGCCAGGGCAAGUCCUCCUCAGAGUGGCCUUGGCAAAAGAGGAAGUCAAUUCUGGGACCAAAGGGCCCCAACCUAUGUCCCCCUCUGAUUUCCUGGACAAGCUUAUGGGACGAACAUCAGGAUAUGAUGCCAGAAUUCGACCCAAUUUUAAAGGCCCACCUGUGAAUGUGACUUGCAACAUCUUCAUCAACAGUUUUGGCUCUGUCACUGAGACUACUAUGGACUACCGGGUGAAUGUCUUCUUGCGGCAACAGUGGAAUGACCCACGCCUAGCCUAUGGAGAAUAUCCUGAUGACUCUUUGGACCUUGAUCCCUCCAUGCUAGACUCUAUCUGGAAGCCAGACCUGUUCUUUGCCAAUGAGAAAGGGGCCAGUUUCCAUGAGGUGACCACAGACAACAAGUUACUGCGCAUCUUCAAGAAUGGGAAUGUGCUCUACAGCAUCAGGCUGACCCUCAUUUUGUCCUGCCCAAUGGACCUCAAGAACUUCCCCAUGGAUAUCCAGACCUGCACGAUGCAGCUGGAGAGCUUUGGCUACACCAUGAAUGACCUCGUGUUUGAGUGGCUGGAAGAUGCUCCUGCUGUCCAAGUGGCUGAGGGGCUGACUCUGCCCCAGUUUAUCUUGCGGGAUGAGAAGGAUCUAGGCUACUGUACCAAGCAUUACAACACAGGGAAAUUCACCUGCAUCGAGGUAAAGUUUCACCUGGAAAGGCAGAUGGGCUACUAUCUGAUUCAGAUGUACAUCCCCAGCCUACUCAUCGUUAUCCUGUCCUGGGUCUCCUUCUGGAUCAACAUGGAUGCCGCCCCUGCUCGCGUGGGCCUAGGCAUCACCACUGUGCUCACCAUGACAACUCAGAGCUCUGGCUCCCGGGCAUCUUUGCCUAAGGUGUCCUACGUGAAGGCAAUCGACAUCUGGAUGGCUGUGUGCCUGCUCUUCGUGUUCGCUGCCCUGCUGGAGUAUGCUGCUGUCAAUUUUGUCUCCCGUCAGCAUAAGGAAUUCAUGCGACUUCAAAGAAGGCAGAGGCGCCAAUGUAUGGAGGAAGAUAUCAUCCAAGAAUGUCGCUUCUAUUUCCGUGGCUAUGGCCUAGGCCACUGCCUGCAGGCAAGGGAUGGAGGUCCAAAGGAGAGUUCUGACAUUUAUACCCCCCAACCUCCAGCCCCUCUUCUAAGGGAGGGAGAAACCAUGCAGAAACUUUACGUGGAGCAAGCCAAGAGGAUUGACACCAUCUCCCGGGCUGUCUUCCCUUUCACUUUCCUCAUCUUCAACAUCUUCUACUGGGUUGUCUAUAAAGUCCUACUGUCAGAAGAUAUCCACCAGGCACUGUGA